GGCCCCGCGCCUGCUCCGCGGAGCUCCGGGGCCGCACCGGGGCCUACCGGGGCCUACCGGGCCGUGCCCGCUCUCAGGGCCGCACCGGGGCCGUACCGGGCCGUACCCGCUCUCAGGGCCGCACCGGGGCCGUACCGGGCCGUGCCCCAUCCGAGGGCCGCACCGGGGCCGUACCGGGCCGUGCCCGCUCCGGGGGCCGCACCGGGGCCGUACCGGGCCGUACACACUCCGGGGGCCGCAUCGGAGCCGUACCGGGCCGUGCCCGCUCUCAGGGCCGCACCGGGGCCGUACCGGGCCGUGCCCGCCGCAUGCCGGGCCCGCGGGCUCUGCUGGGCUUGGGGCUGCUGGUGGCGGCGGCGCGGGCGGGCGGGCGGUGCCGGGACGGCGGCUGGGGCUGGGGCUGGGCCCGGGAGCGGUGCCGGUGCCUUCCCCGCCGCGCCAUGCACGUCCCCAGCGCGGGGGCCGGCCCGACGGGGCUCCGCUUCCUGGGGCAGGAGGAGGCCCAGGCUAUCGACCAGGAGCUCUUCACCGAGUACAAGUUCAGCGUGGACCAGCUGAUGGAGCUGGCGGGGCUGAGCUGUGCCACUGCCAUUGCCAAGGCCUACCCACCCAGCUCCUUCACCACGAGCCAGCCCGCUGUGCUGGUGGUCUGCGGGCCAGGGAACAACGGCGGUGAUGGGCUGGUCUGCGCCCGGCACCUGAAGAUGUUUGGCUACCAGCCAACCGUGUAUUACCCCAAGCGCCCCAGCAAGCCCCUCUUUGAAGGUUUGACCACCCAGUGCAAGAAGAUGGAUAUUCCCUUCCUCCCCGAGUUCCCAGCUGAGGCUGCGUUCAUCGACGAGCUCUAUGGCCUGGUGGUGGAUGCCAUUUUCGGCUUCAGCUUCACGGGAGCAGUGCGGGAGCCCUUUGGCAGCAUCCUGGGCACUCUGGAGCGCGUCACGGUGCCCAUCGCCAGCAUCGACAUCCCCUCAGGCUGGGAUGUGGAGAAGGGGAAGGCAGACGGCCUCCAGCCCGACAUGCUCAUCUCCCUGACGGCGCCCAAGAAGGCGGCGAUGCAUUUCACCGGCCGGUACCACUUCCUUGGGGGCAGGUUUGUGCCCCCUGCGCUCCAGGAGAAAUACGCUCUGAACCUGCCAGCGUACCCCGGCACAGACUGCGUCCUGCAGCUGACCUAGAGCUGGGGCCAGAGGGGCUGGGGGGGGCCAGGCUGGGCUUCAGCACUGCACACCAGGGCCAAAUUCUGCCCAAGCCUCUGCCAGGAGGGUGCUCAGCACCUCACUGGGCUGCGGUGUGAGCCAGCAGGAUGGAAAGGCCCAGGAGGUGGGAGUGGUGAGGGGCUGCUGCCUAAUCCAAGUGCUGGUGUAAAGCUGAUCUGGGGUUCUGCCACUCACAGCACCACUCACACUUUGGGAUAAUCUGAUUACAAUAAAGAUUUAUUCACGCCCUUGAAAAAAUA